AUAAUAAAACAAAAUUUAAUAAAGUAAACAGUAAACUCAUACAAGUGAAAAUGAAUAAUAAUAAUAAUAACAAUCAGGGUCGCGCGAAGGAUAUUAAAGGUUUCACGAAUGCGGCCUUUGUUACCGAUGGCGAAUAUAAUACGACUUCGAUUAUACGACGAAAAAGCGGUAACGCCAAUAAUUUACAAUUGGAGGCGCAAACCGUAGUGGACGGUACUGGUAACGGGAAUAAUAAUGGUGGCAAUGCUGCCGGCGGUGGCGGUGCCGGUGGCGGUAAUAACACCAUUAACUCUCAGCUAAUGGAUUUCGAUGACAUUUUGCCAUUGAUCGGUGAAUUUGGACGCUAUCAAAAAUUAUUGUUUCUCUGCAUGAUACCGUUCGCUUUCUUCGUGGCAUUUGUUUAUUUCUCGCAAAUAUUUUUAACACUAAUACCAGAUCAACAUUGGUGCACGGUGCCCGAGCUAAGCACUUUGCCGCUUCAAGAAAGGCUGGCACUUUCUAUACCUCGCAUUAACGGUGAAUAUAGCAAUUGCCUUAUGUAUAAUGUCAAUUAUACUGAACUAAAUGAAAAGGGUGUACGUGUAGCUGAUCCAUCUUGGCCGACAAUAGCUUGCCGCCAUGGCUGGUCUUAUAAUACAUCAGAAAUUCCUUAUAGUACAGUGGCAACCGAAGGUGAUUGGGUUUGUGAUAAGGCAGCCUAUCCCACCUAUGCUCAGUCGAUAUUCUUUUUGGGUGCUAUAUGCGGUGGUCUGCUUUUCGGUUGGGUGGCUGAUAAAUUCGGACGCAUACCAUCGUUAAUUGGCUGUAAUUUGGUGGGUUUCGCAGCUGGUGUAACCACAGCAUUUGUUACAAAUUUCUGGCAAUUUGCUUUAAUGAGAUUUUUUGUUGGAUUCGCAUUUGAUAAUUGCUUUACCAUGAUGUACAUACUAGUUUUAGAAUAUGUUGGUCCACAUUAUAGAACUUUUGUUGCGAAUAUGUCAAUAGCUAUAUUCUUUACACUGGCUUCCUGUAUGCUACCUUGGAUAGCUUAUUAUUUAGGCAAUUGGCAAUUGUUUGCAUUGGUUACUUCGGCACCUUUGAUUUUGGCAAUUUUCACUCCAUUCUUGAUACCGGAAUCUGCAAGAUGGCUUGUAUCUCAAGGUAAAGUUGAUAAAGCUGUUUCUAUACUGAAGAGAUUGGAAAAGAUGAAUGGCAAGCAUAUACCCUCAGAAACCUAUCAAAUUUUUGCUGAUAAUUGUAUAAAAUUGCGUCAAGAGGAUAAUAAGCAAGACUCUUAUUCUGUUUUGGAUUUAUUUAAGACGCCACGUUUAAGACGUACAACUCUUCUAUUGAUCGCUAUUUGGAUGUCAAUAUCUUUAGUAUUCGAUGGUCAUGUACGUAACGUUGGCUCGUUAGGUUUGGAUAUCUUUUUCACCUUUACAGUCGCUUGUUUUACGGAAUUUCCAGCUGAUACAGUAUUAACAUUGAUUUUGGAUAAAUUUGGACGUCGUUGGCUAGCUUGCAGCAGCAUGGUUUUAAGUGGUGUAUUUAGUCUUUUAGCUACUAUAGUUCCUUUAGGUCUCUACUCGGCUAGCUUGGCAAUUGUUGGACGUUUCUUUGUUAACAUUUCGUAUAAUAUCGGUUUGCAAUAUGCAGCUGAAAUUUUACCCACUGUUGUUCGAGCCCAAGGUGUGGCCUUCAUACAUAUUAUGGGUUAUGUCGCGACAAUAAUAGCACCAUUUGUGGUAUACUUGGCAAAUAUAUCACCGAUGUUGCCUUUGAUCAUACUCGGCUUAUUGGGUAUAGCUGGUGGGCUGCUUUCACUACUUUUGCCGGAAACUUUAGAUCACGACUUGCCUCAGACAUUAGGCGAUGGUGAAGAAUUCGGUCGAGGUCAAAGUAUAUGGGAUUUCCCCUGUUUGGCUAAGAAAAUAGAUGAAGUUGACGAUAUGGAACAGAGACCCCAAUAUUUUGUACGUUCGACACAAAAUGGUGCAUCAUUAAGAGCUUCGACCCGGGGUGAAUUAAGAUCAAGCAUAUUACAGAGAUCAAUUAAAUCGCGUUAUUCAUCCAAAUUGUAGUUACAAUAAUUAUGCCUAAGCGUAAACAUAUGUACAUGUACAUAUAUAUAUAUAUAUAUAUAUAUAAAUGAUUUUUGUAAAAAACGUCUGACCUCGCUGCCUCAAGGUUAGUUACUCUAGUAAAUCACAUCCGUUAAAAUAUAAUAUUAUAUGUUCCCAAUGCACACAGCUGUUUGAACUCCAGCACGUACAUACAUUUAGGCUCACGUUUACUUAUCUUUUUACACAUAAUUAUAAUUUUACUAUUACUUUUGGUUUUAUUUAAGUUUUUUUUUUUUUCCUUUUAAUUAUAAUUAGCAUCUAUUGUUUCUUUAUAUCUAGACACGUAUAUGUUAAGAACAAAUUAAUUUUUUAUUUGUUAUUGCUUUUUUUUUUUUUUUUAUAUUAUUUUUUUUUUUUUUUUUUUUUUUUAGGAUUGUACAACCCUCUUAAUACAUGUUUAACCAAUAGUAUAUAUACGUUUGGUUCCGUUCAUAUGUACAAUUGUGAUAUUAGCUUUAAUUGUUAUAAAACGUAUUUAAUUAAAAUAAAUUAAAAAAAAAAAAAAAAAA